GUAGAACACCAUUGACUGGUUCAUCUCCAUUACAUAUAUUUAAGCAACUUAUCUUAUAUAUAUAGCAUCCAUUUUCAUUUCCUGCUAUACUGCCAUUCAAAUUCAGAUAACUUAUUUCAUGCUUCUAUAUUUGAGGCUUUGAGCUUCAAGACCCAGUUGCUAGUUUUUUUGUUUGGAUUUGGAUUCUUUUGGUUCUAAGGUAUUCUUAUUCAGGUUUUUGUUAAGUAUGGAGAAAGAAGUUGCAGAGAGAGGUUUUUCAUUUGAUAUAGAUAGAAUGGAGAAUGCUAUCAUGGAGUGUGCAAGAAUGGAGAAGGAAGAUAAAGCUUUAAGUGUGUUGAAGGAAAGGAAUAUUGAGAAUCAGAAUCAUAAAAAGAUCAGUCCUGUAAAAGUCCCUCUGAAUAACUUCUCUGGUUUCUGUGAGAGGUACAAGAGUCCUACAGAUUCCUUGUUGUCUCCUGUUUCCACUGGUCUGCUUGCUAGAAAUGAAAAAGCUCCCAAGCAUGUUCCACUUGGUGCCCCUACAAAGGUUUUGGAUGAUAAGUUUCAAGAGGUUCGGUGUUGAUUAUUCAUAUUGUGAUAUGUAUCGGUCAUGGAUAUUACAUGGAAUAUAAGUUUUAUGUUCAAGA